AUGUCAUCAGUUUCUAAUCAGGACGUUGCUUUGUCAAUUAUUGGGUUCUUGAAGCAAUCAGUAGCUGACAAAACCAUUGCUGAGGAUUUCGUGGAAUCGAUGGAUGUUGCCAUUGAUUGUAUUGCUGACGCAUUUGAUGUAAACAAAGACGACGACAAGUCAGUAAUUGAGUCUAAAUUCCAUGGCAAGUCCUUAUCAGAAUUGAUCAAGGCUUCAAUUGCUUCGUCACCAUCAACUAGUGGCUCCAAGACUGAUGAUGAUGCCAAACCAUCAUCUAUUGUUGUUGAUGACAACACAAAGGAAAAGGCUGAUAAGUUGAAACUCGAAGGUAACAGAUUGAUGGGGGCUAAGGACUAUGAGGCGGCGAUUGCCAAAUAUACUGAAGCAAUUGGUUUAGAUCCAACCAAUGUUGUAUACCUCUCCAACAGAGCUGCUGCAUACUCAUCAGCACAAAAACACGCACAAGCAGUUGAAGAUGCUGAAAAAGCUAUCAAAUUGAAUCCAGAUUUUUCAAGAGCUUAUUCCAGAUUAGGUUUAGCUCAAUACGCUCUUGGGAAUGCAAAGGAAUCCAUGGAGGCUUACAAGAAAGGUUUAGAAAUCGAAGGUGAUAAGCCAUCAGAUGGUAUGAAGAAAGGAUACGAAACGGCAAAGAAGAGGGUAGAGCAAGAUUUGGAAAAUUCAAUUUCCAGCUCUGAUAAAAGUGGUGGUAAUGUUGGUGAAUCUAGUUCCAGAUCAGCACCAGGUGGAGGUGCUGGUUCCGGUACUGGUUCCGGUGCUGGUGCUGGUGCUGGAGGCAUGCCUGAUUUCAGUUCUCUCUUUGGCGGUGAAUCUGGAGGUCCAAGCGGUUUAUUUGCCAAUUUGAUGAGCAAUCCUCAAUUAAUGCAAGCUGCCCAAAGCAUGAUGUCAAACCCAGGUGCUAUGCAAGAAAUGUUCAACAAUCCAGCUGUUCGUCAAAUGGCUGAAUCUUUAGGAUUGGGUGGACCUAACGGACCAGAUUUGUCGGACAUGAUGAACCACCCGGCACUUAAUGGAUUCAGAGGAGGUAGAGGCAACAGUGACAACAAUGAAGGUGGUGAAGGAAAUAACGAGUCAUAA